CAAACAGCUUUCCAUGUCGUGAACGGAUUCAUCAUCUGCACACCUGCAGCAGCGACCGUCCCCUUCCUAGCCGCACUUGGGUUCAGCACUACUGGACCUGUAGCUGGCACCGCAGCGACCGGAGUAAUGUCCUACUUCUCAACUGUUUCAGCUGGAGGCAUCUACGCGACUCUGCAGAGCGCAGCUAUGGGCGGCUACGGAGCCAGCGCUGUAGUGGGGCUUGCACAAGCUGGAGCUGCCUUGUCGUCUGUGGGGGCGUGGUUCGUGGGGAGGAACGUCACGCACGGAUGAAACGUUGACCCAUCAUAACGGUCGUAGAGCGCUCAAGUUGCGAGAUGACAGAGCGCGGAAGUCUAGUCAUGAAGCAGGUGAAUGAUUGAAAUAGGCAUAACUUGCGAAAGAACCAAUGAAAAUCAUGCCUCGGCUACUCCUUCACGUCCAGUCGUGUCGCGUACUCCCACGUGGAAGCUACAAAUGUACGACACUGCUUGGCUGUGCGCCUUAAGACUGAACAUAUAUAUAACAUAUCAGGACCCAAAUCGAAGUCGCUACAACACGGCAACAAUAUUAGCCAGCAUGGAGCCAUCAAUAACGCCCGCAAAGGUUGUGCAACCUCUCACAGACUUCACAACCAUCGGCUACAACAUUUAUCUCUGGACCUCAUCGUUCUACACGCCAAAGUCCCCUCUCAUCCUCCUAUUCGCCUGGAAUGCCGCAGCCGCAAAACACAUCGCCAAAUACACGCUCUCCUACCAGCGUCUCUUCCCCAACUCCCGGAUUCUCCUCGUCCGGUGCUAUACAUCCGACAUGUUCACGCACAGCGCACACUAUCCCGCUCUCCUAACUCCAGCCCUCGACAUGACCCAUCAGCACAUCGAAGCAAGAGGUGAAGUGCUAGUGCACAGUUUCUCCAACGGCGGCGGCAACCAAGUCAAUGAGUUUGUAAAAGCUUGGAAGGGCAAGUACGGCAGCAAACUACCCAUGCGCGCGCAGAUUAUGGACUCGAGUCCGACCAAGGGGCGGUGGAUGAGGAGUCACAAUGCUAUAUCUGCUGGUCUGCCGCGAACGUGGUUCUGGAAGUGGUUUGGGGGGCUUUUGGUGCAUGUGCUUCUGCUAGGAUUGUUUUUGGUGAAUGCGGUGAGACGGAAGGAGAAUAAGAUGGUGGUGCUGUGUCGAGAGAUCAAUGAUGAUAAUGUCUUUGAUAAGAGCGUACCAAGAGUGUAUUUGUAUAGUCGAGUGGAUGAGAUGGUUGGGUGUGAGGAGGUGGAGGAGCAUGCUGCAAUUGCGAGGGGGAAGGGGUGGGAUGUCACGAUGGUAAGGUUUGAGAGGAGUGCGCAUUGUGGGCAUGUCAGGGAAGACGAAGGGAAGUACUGGGGCGCGAUUUUGGAGGCUUGGAAGACUGGCAAGGAUAGAUGAACUCCUAGAACUUGCAUUUGCUGUUGCACUACAAUCGCUGGGCGACAAGAGAAAGAUAAAUGUUCCACAACAGGCCGCAGAAGCUCAGGAAGAUCAUACGCUUCUCGACAGGGCAGUAUGUAGUGCUGAAGAAAUUGGCGAUCGGCCAGACCUUGUACGAGUCCCAGAUAAGCUUGAAGAGCUCCUGAUGGGGUUGUCAGUGAAUUGUACAAGUAAAUGUCAGGGCGAAAAC